AGUUAAAAUGUGCAUGUUCAUUUCUGUGUCAGCAUGUGGCACAUCCUCGAUUUGUCUCACCCCUGCAUGACUCACUGGCUGUCUGCGCUGCGCUGGGCUCGGUUAGAAAGAAAGGUUGUAGCUGCUGCUCUUCGGUAUCCCAGGAUGAGAGCACGGAGAGUGAUUGGACAAGGCAGCCUCGGGCUCGCAGCCAAUCCACGGCCUUGCCUCUGUCCCUCGUAGCGACGGCUGUGUGAUUGGUGCAGGUGUUGCAGGGCGAGGAAUGAACGAAUGGCGAAAGGAGAGAUUGUGAAAGAAAGAUUGUUUUAGCCUCAGAAUAAGGAGAAGGAAGGUGAUCAUGUAAACACAGUGAAACUUAAUGCUACUGCUAGAUUCUUGGAGGAUUAAUGCAAAAGGAAAUGUGUAUCAUUUAUAGGUAUUUCAAGUGAAUCAGACAAAUCUAUACACAUAAAGUCAAUGAUUGUAGUUUAGUUAUCCACACAUAAUUAGCAAAACCAUAAUAGCAAGGGCCAGGGUAUUAUUUACCAGUUAUAACAACAUGUGCAAUAAAUUGAUAAAUGUUGUAAUUACUAUUAAAAAAUGCUUGUUGAACAAUUUGUACAAAAAAUAUGAAUGCUGCUUGCUGCAAAGAUCAAUUAUAAGUCAGAAUGGAUACACGGCUCAGUGUUUCGCAUUGAUCUGACAUCCCUGCUGUCCAAUUUGUUGCUUUUAUCUUUUAUUCAAGAGAUCAAAUUAUGCUUUUCGACAGAUGCCUCGAAGUAUGCGUGUGAGCUUGUUUCAUUCCGCCAUCCCACAGAUCUUACAAGGCUCGAUUGUACCAUCUUCAUUGGGAAUGCAAUGAGCAGGACACAAAUGCACAAUCGGCGUCAUGCUAUCCAAGUUAGGAAUAAUAUAGCGUUUGAAUUAUUGUGCUCUUCAACUCUUUCAUGAAGCAGAGAUUCAUCAGUAAGCUGAGGUGGUCGUGAAGUGAGGUGUCAAGUCUGUUAUGACUGUGUCAACCUCCAUCCAGCAUUGUAGCAGAGAAUGGGCCUUGUGUAUGUGUGUGUGUCUGCUUGGUGGACUAGGUACCAGGAGACACAGCGUGAGCGUAUGAGUGAGCGAACUGAACAAUAGCACUGCUUUAAGCCGGCUGACCAGUGGGGGAGCGCGAGGCUGGGCUAAAACGUCCGCGGAACGCACCAGUGGAGGACUGGCAUUGUAGGGUGAAUACAGUGAGGGGUCUGUGACAGAAUGAAGAGAGACAGGGAAAGGUUGGUGGCAUGCACCAGGGCCUAAGAGCAGGGGUAGAGGGCGGGGGGCUGAUAUAGGGGUGGUGAAUGUGUAUGACAGAGAUCUUUUUUUUGCAUUGGACAGAGCUGUGUUUGUUUCAUCUUCAGUUGAGGAAUGCUGCUGUCCUUGGUGACAGGGGGGCAUUAUGUGGAUUUUAUGUCAUUACUGGAUGACUUGAAGCUGCACCCAGAGCUUCUGCGUCAAACGGCAUACAGCCAACAUGUGUGACGGUCACACCGGGCUCGAUGCUUAUCCAGAAAAUCUGCGUGCUGGGAGAAAGGAACCAUCGGUAGAUUGGUUUAGAGGUUCUUCUUUUUCCGUGAUGUUUAAAGUAGAUUCAGUAUGGCGCUGUGUCGGAAUCAAGGAUUUCAGUAUUUGCUCAACAGCUGGAAAGCCCUAGAGGGGGACAGUGUGCAUGUUUGUGUGUACGUUCCAGUUGGAGGAUGAGCGCUCUGCAGAUGGAGGGAGGCAGAGUGGUGAGCUUGUUCAGCUGUUGGAGGGCCCGGCGGGUUAAAUCCUGCCGAGGCUGUCUCACACACUGAGACUGUUGGGAUCUCUUUCACAUACACACAAAGGGGGCUGAGAUGCCUGGGGCAGGAGCUGGGGCAUCGGGCUCUUGGUUCUCACACUCUGAACCGGCGCACCAUUUCAGUUGGGGUCAUGGACUCAGACCCCAUCACAGUACUGAGAGUGGCUGGCCACUCCGUCUCGCUGUCAUUAUCAUCUCAACACUCACCCUGGACACCUCUAUUUCCUGAACCAUGAGGAUUCAAGGAGUACAGCUGUUGAAAUCUUCUGAUAUUGGCCGCCAUAGUCUGCUGUAUCUGAAAGAGAUUGGUCAUGGCUGGUUUGGAAAGGUUUUGUUGGGGGAGGUCACUGCAGGCAUCAGCACCACCCAGGUGGUGGUGAAGGAGCUGAAAGCCAGUGCAAGCGUCCAGGACCAGAUCCAGUUCCUAGAAGAGGCCCAAUCAUAUCGAACCCUUCAGCAUCCUGCACUCCUGCAAUGCCUGGCGCAAUGUUCAGAGGUCACUCCCUAUCUACUGGUCAUGGAGUUUUGUCCUCUGGGAGAUCUUAAGAAUUACCUCGGCAGUUGUCGGGCUACGGACUCCGAGACUCCAGACGCCUUGAUCCUGCAGAGAAUGGCUUGUGACAUUGCUUCAGGACUCCUCCACCUACAUAAAUACAAUUUUAUCCACAGUGACCUGGCCCUGCGAAACUGCCUUCUUACAUCAGAAAUGUCUGUGAAGAUCGGCGACUAUGGGCUGUCUCAUAGCCGCUAUAAGGAUGACUAUUUCAUAACUCAAGACCAGAUUUGGGUGCCUCUGCGCUGGAUCGCACCAGAACUCAUAGAUGAAGUCCAUGGAAACCUGCUGGUUGUUGAUCAAACCAAAAGCAGCAACAUAUGGUCUUUGGGUGUGACUUUAUGGGAGCUGUAUGAGCUGGGAAACCAGCCGUACAGACAUUACUCUGACAGACAGGUGUUGACAUAUGCUGUGAAGGAGCAGCAGCUCAAGCUACCGAAACCUCAGCUGCAGUUCCCCUUGGAUGACCGCUGGUAUGAAGUUAUGCAGUUCUGCUGGCUGCAGCCAGAGCUCAGGCCCAGCAGUGAGGAAGUGCACCUUCUGGUCACAUACCUAUGUGCCAAAGGCUCAAGUGAAGCUGAGGAAGACUUUGAGCAACGUUGGAAUGCCUUGAAACCCAAUUUACUUGGCAGCACAUCGCACACAGCUGCAUCCGCAUCCCUGGUCUUCACUCCCACCCCUGCUAACAUCCCCAAUGCAGACCAAACUCAGGCAGCGGAGCUGGCCUCUUCUGCCUCGUCCUCCUUCCCCCUCCUGGAGCAUUUCUCUGACAGCUUUCACUCUGACACAGGGGAUGACCUCCUGACCGUCACCGAGACAAGCCAUGGACUCAAUUUUGAGUAUAAGUGGGAGCCGGGCCGAGCUGAGCAGCCUUAUUGCUCUUCCUCCACCAGCGGGCAACUGGGUCAGGAGAACCCACACUACCAGGAUAUUUACUAUUCUAACACAGGGAGUAUCUCAGUGGGUUGCAAGGCUGACAGUCUGACAUCAAGCAAAUCCCCAUCCUAUUAUGAAUCAGAACACACCAGUGUCGUUCCAGUGCUGAGUGCCCACAGCCCCUCUAUUAGCAGUGAGUAUUACAUUCGUAUAGAAGAACCUGUCCAGUGCAACAUCAAGAUUGAUGAUGGCAUUGACGACUAUUGUUCAGAACUGGAAUCUGCUACCAGAAGGUUGUCAUCUGAAAACAAAGCUGGUCCUUACUGGUCCACCACUGACAACACCAAAUCAAAUGAUUCAAGUCCCAACAUUCAACUACACGCACACCCACUGCUGAGCCCUUCAUCUAACAACAGUCCAGUGAAGUCAGGUUGUUCAUACAAUUCACUUCUGUCUUAUAACAGUAACGCAAUCUAUUGUGAUGACUCACCUCCACCUAAGACACAGAAGCAAUCCUCUCCCCUCAAAAAUACACCAGAGAUUCAAACAAACCAUCUUCAUACACGUGCUAUGUUAGAAAACCCACGCAGUUUAUCCCAGGCUGUCAGCAGCCCCAGUUUAGGAUUCUGCGAUCCAUACCUUGAACCACACACAGGCCGUAGCACAGUCAACGAAAGUUGCCAUGAUAUGUUGGGCCCCCUCAAAAAGACGCUACCCAUUAUAAACCACUUUGAUAUAGAGGUAGGAGAUGAUGAUGGCAAUCUGCAAUCGGAUCGACGGAAAAGUAGAGAAGUUGAGGAUAAAACCAACUGGAUCUCAAACCGUUCAGCCAACAACAACAGCUUUGACAGCAGAAACAUAGACAGUGUGAAUGACAACUGUGAGGCUGUUCAACCUGAUACAACAGAUGUAUGGGCUUUGACCAAGGACACCACGAGAACCUUCCAAAGUUUUAAGCCUUGUGGCACCUUGAGGAGCAACGAAGAAGGCCCUGAAUGGAGUGCAUUGUGCAUGUCUGUUGGUUUAGACUCUUACAUCCAGAUAUGCCACAAAGAGUCGGCUCAAGAGGAGAAGCCUCCAGGUUUGGAUAUUUUUCAAAGCAGCAAUGCUCCUAUCGGCCCAAGAAAGAAUAGCAGUAGUACUGGUGAAGAAAAUAUUGUCCCUCAGACUGCUCAAACAGGGAUCUUGUCUGAUAUGCAGAGAAGCAACAUCUGGCAGGAAGUUUCAGCUGGAACAUCUGUUAGUCUGAGUGGCUUAAGGCUGAAUCAUUCAGAACCGUCCAAAAGCAGCAGAAACCAGCAACAAGUAAUAAACAUUAGGGACACCAGCAGCUGCCUGGUUGAACUUGGUGACUACAGUGAGGAUGAGGAAGAUGACAUGGCCGAUAUUACGUCAGGGAUCUUUGCUGACUUCAACCUUGACCUCAGUGAAGUUGAGGAGGAGGACCUCAGCCCAAAAAAGAUUUCAGAGGUGAAUUCGGAUGCAUUGGGUGCCAUUAGUGUAGUUUCAUCUGUGGCAAGCUCCUGCGACCAGGCCUUCAGCCCUGAUCCCUACAACACACCCAUCCUGCCCAAAUCUCUGGACAGUGGCUAUGACACAGAAAAUAAUGAAUCUCCAGAGUUUAUGUUCAAAGAGCUCGGAGAUCCACUUGGUGAAAGUUGCCCUGGGUUGGGUGGAGAAUCCGAAAUUGCGCUACAUGUUGGUUUAGGGCCGGGUGUCUGCACUUCAACAAUCACCUCAGAGCUACAUGUAAAGAGCCUUGUUGAUAAUCAAUACAGGGAUUCAGCCUACUUCUCGGACUAUGACGUAGAAAGUGACAAGAGUCCCAAAGAGGAAGACAACGGGUUCUUUGCAGAAUCAAGGAAACAUGGUCCUGAUAAUACUUUUAACACUGCAGGUGAACAUUCUCUUGAAAACAGUCUAACCUGUGGGAGGAAUUUAACAAACCUGAGACAACUCAAAAGUUGUGUUUUGGCAAAUCUCUCAGAGGCCAGUUUGUACAUACCCAACAAUAUUCAAACACCUGAGUUGUCCAUGCUGUCACCAUUUCCUCCACAGAUGGGUGGGUGCCUCACCAAAGAAGCUGCUCCUGCUGAUGAUCUGGGGUUGGACAAUGAACAUUCGGGGAAUGAGCCUGCAUCUGAGCUGAACUCCCUCAGUGGGUCAGAGCCCUCCUCUUCUGUCCUGGAAGUCUCUGCAAACCAUGAAGAGGAUUGCAGGGGAGCAGAAAGCUGCUCAUCUGUCCAUUCAUCUGUCGCUCAUUGCUCCCACUCCGACUGCAGAGAAAAACCCUGUGAAGAAAAUGAAAAUGUUGAGGGAUCCACUGAGGAGGAAGAGGUGCCUGGACAGAGUCAUGUCAAUGAAGAAAACCAAAGGGAGGGUGGGAGAAUAAAUGAGGAGGAUUUUGAGGACAUCGACGCAGAGGAAUGCGACAGCCUGUGGGAGGAAUCCAAUGGCCCUCAGGACCUUUCCACCUCCUCGUCAUUGUUGGAGCUUUGUGGUGAAGACGUAAGAGCUCCGCUGGAAGAGGCUGAGGAUGAAGAUGAUUCUGAUGAAAGUGAGUCUGAUGAAGAGCUGAGAACCUACAACAUCCAAGAUGAAGAGAGCGAGGAGAGCGAAGAGGAUUUCAGGACAGUGCCGGUAGUGGUGAGUGACUGCAGCAGGGCAAGACACCUCCGCAGCCUCCUGAAGAUGCCCUCCAUGCUUACCCAGUCCUUCUGUGAGGAGCUGGAGAGGAAGAAAAAAGCGGUAUCCUUUUUUGACGACGUGACGGUGUUUCUGUUUGACCAGGAGAGUCCUACUGGAGAACUGGCUGACUGCUCAUUUCCCACUGGAGCGGAGCCCAGUCAUCAAGAAAUGUCAAACGCAGAUCUCGAGGCUCCAACUGACGAUGCUCACUGUUUUUCUAAAGAAACAGAGGGAAACAACUCAGCGGAGGAUGAAAAUUACAAAUGGGAAGAUGAGGACUCUGUGGAGACAUGUCCACCCUCACUUGACCCCAUUCCUGAUCCCGAGUCCUCACAAACUCCUAUCACAGAUGCACCCGAAGUUCCUAAACCUGUUGCUGUUCCAGUUAACCGUUUCAUGGUCUCUCGAUUCUCCAUCACACACGUAUCUGACUCCCACACAGACACAACAGGGAAUACUGAAGAUAACCCAAAACACUGAGUGUCAAAGGAGAGACCAGAGGAGGCGGAGACAGAAAAGCAGCGUUAUUAUAUUCAAGAUGAUAUACAGAGUUUUAUUUUUAUUAGUGUUUGGGACAUCUGAUUUCGAGAACCUUUAUGAGACAUUGUCUCAUAUUGUGGCCAGAUACAUUAUUGAUUUGCACAAACCUUUUAUUUCUUGACAUAAGUGCAAUAGCAGUUCGAGUGAAAAUUUGGUUUUAAGUACAGAACUACAGAAUGUGGACACAAAUUUAUAUAAUAUAGUUUGGGGGACCGGGUGGGAAUCUUGUUUCUGCAGAUCUAACAUAAUUUUGCUUUAUGAAGCUGCCGUUCCUUUAUGGAAAUGGUUUUUCUGUUUAAAAUAUAAAUGGAAAAAUAGCUGUUUCUCCCAUUAGCUGCCUUUUCACAUCUGCUUGGAAACUAGUUCUGGCAACUUUAAGACUGUUAUUGAUUAUUGUAUCAAAGGCAGAAAACAGUACUUGACAGUUUCUUCACAGAAAGCCAUAAAAGUUGAGGGGUAUUUUAAAUUGAAAUCAAAUAAUAUUCACUUUGUGUGAAAAUUCAACUGAUUGAAAUGCAAAUGCCAGUACCUAAGUCACAAUUAUUAGUCCUUUUGGUUUAAAUUGCACUUUGUGUAGCCUCAGCUACACUUCAUUUUCCCCAAACUGGAACAAAAUGGCCAAACACCAGAUAUUUUGUUUUCAUUCACAGUGCCAGGUGCAGGUGUUUACUCUUCAUUUUUUUUCCCCAAAUGGUUUUCUUAGAACAAUCAGAUGGAUCGAGAGCUGUUUCCACAGAACUUGUGGUGUCACUACAAACAUCCCAGUCAUAAAUGUGGAAUGUCACUUGUCAUGUUAAUUUAUCUUUUCUAAGAAAAUGACUAAAAAAUGUCUUGUAUACAAAAGAGCUGUUACACUUUUGGUGAAUGCCUGAGCCUGAGGUGAAACUAAGACAUUCAGAAAGGGACAUAUCUGGUAUAUUGUAUGAAUAUUAUAUUAACAUGUAGCAGGUAGCUUAAGUAGAAUUAUUAAUGCUGUAUCAACUGCUGUAUUCCCUCCCUUUCUAUCCUCCUGUAGCUCCAAGAUUCAAUGCCUUUCCCUCUCACUUUGCCUUUUAAGUUGUGGAAGUUUAAGAAAAUGUUGUCAGUAUUUUUGUAUGAGCGUUUCAAAAAUGCAAUUCAGGAUGAGCGUUUAUUGAAUUUGCCAAAGAAAAUUUGCAAAGCCCUUUGGCUUUUAAAUGGCAGAUGCCUUUGGGGAAGGUAAGGUUGCUCUUUGCACCAGAAGUGACAUUGUUGCGGUUUCCUUUUUUUUUUUUUCUCAGUAAUCGCUGUUGUACUUCUCCCAUUCCCCUCCGAAAAUAUGAAUAAAUCCAAGUACUUUUUC